AUGCUAUUUAUUGUAAAGCGAGGCUUCUCUUCGCUGUCAACAAAGAAGGUAGCUGAACUAAAAUCCAUAGCUGUCCAAUGUGGAGUCAAAACUACUGGGAAAAAAAUUGAUCUUGUCGACAGACUUGUGUCUCACUUUGGAGGGUUUACAACAGCAAGCACAACUUCGCAAGUACUUUCUUUUGAUUUAGGUUAUCGCAACCUUGCUUAUUGUGUUUUGGACAAAGAUUCCAAUAUAAAGGACUGGGCACGUGUAGAUCUCGACUUGGACUCGUUUCAUCCCUCAGUAGUUGCCCCUGUUGUACGUCAGUUUGUAACAGAUCGCGUUCAGUGUCAUUUAGGCCAAGUUGACAGGGUGCUUAUAGAGCAACAGCGUGCUAGAAGCGGAGGUGGUCAUGCAGUAUUAGAGGCGACGUUGAGGGUCAAUUGUGUAGAAGCUGUACUGUGGACCGGCUUAUAUGAAGCAGUGGAUCGUCUUCCCAAAAAAAGAUAUAUUGAAAUGACUCCUUUGUUACGACAGAGUAUUGAUAAUGUGUGGAUGGAAGAUUUGGAGACUGUCAUUAAACAGAAUUCAGAACGGUUCAAAGGUGUAAAAAAAGGCUAUUAUUUGAAAAAACAAGCUAGCACAAUGUUGGUGCAGCAUUGGCUUCAAACCAAUUCAGUAUUUCACUGCGAUGACAAUUUUAAAGCUAUGUUCCUGAAAGAGAAAAAAAGGGAUGAUUUGAGCGACUGCUUAAUGCAAGCGCUAGCAUGGUUCAAAUGGGAAAAGUACACUAAAAAUUUUAUUGAUAAAUAUAUAGAGGAUAACAAUAAUAUUAAAACCGGUAAUUGUGAGAAACAAAAAUAA